UACUUUUGACCCGAACGGUUUGUCGCCUCCUUGGAGCCCUGAACCAUCUCCUGAGCCGGAGGCCGAGAUCGACAAUGUCGAAAAUGAGGAAAGCGUCGAGGACCAGGGACAGCACCUCACCUGUGCUGAAAGUACGGAAACGAUCAUUUGCGAAAAUGAAGAAAUCAUCGUCGCCGGAAGUGAGCAAGUCACGAUUGCGGGAAAUGAAGAGGGUAUUCAAGCUAAUGAAGCGAGCGUCAAUGCAGAAAACCAAGAAAUCGUCGAGGCAGAGGGACAGCACCUCGCCCGCGCUGAAAGUGAAGGAACGGCAAAUUGGGAAAGGGAGCAAGGCGUUGAUGCAGAAAAUGAGCAAGACCAGAAUGCCGAAAACGCAAAAGCCUUCGAAGCCGAAAAUAAAGAAAGUGGCGCUACUGAAAGUCAGCCGUCGCCGCGGAUUUCGGAAGGAUGUGUUGCGACAUGCUCCGGUUUUGUGCCCGAAGGCCUUUGGAACAAUAGACGAGCCAGCCGGAAGCUGGAAGAAAGGAUGGACAUCUAUACGAUGGAAAGAAUUCUGCGCGACAUUGAAAAGGAUGAAGACGAUGAUGCCGAAAACGAUCCUACUGAAUCCGACGACGAUGACGUGAUACCUUGGAGAACUCCGGGCGACGAAGCCGCCAAUGAACGCUUGUUCGAUCAACUUAAGAAUGAGCCAAUUGAGGCGGAGGGCCAAGCAGAGGUGGAGAGGUUGCCUGACGGAAUACUUCGCGUUUUCACUCGGAAAGACGACAACAAAUUGGCAACGGAAGACAAUCUUCACCGAUUGCUAGAGGAAUGUGUCUACAAGGAUUUAUCGGAUCCUCAGAAGGCAGCCACCGUGAACUGCAUCCGAGGCGGAGGCCGAUUUUUACUGUUUGACGAGGGCGGGCUCGGAAAAUCGAUGGUGGCGCUGGCGACCAUGAGCUUCUUCAGCGAUGACUACCCCUUACUGAUUGUCACCACGCCGCAGUCCAUAGAAAAAUGGAAAACU